AUGUUUGGCCAGAACAAAUCAUUUGGCUCAUCCAGUUUUGGAUCUGGCACUGGAAGCAACUUGUUCGGACAGAAUAAUCAAAACAAAAGCUUAUUCGGACAAAAUACCGCCACCAACAACACAAGCGCAACUUCCAGUUUAUUCGGAGGCAAUCAGAACAAGCCGGCUGGAUCUCUUUUUGGCGGUGGUGGCGCUUCAACAUCCACAAACCUUUUCGGUUCCCCACAAACUCAAAGCAACCAAAGUUCAUUGUUUGGCGGAGCACAGCAAAAUGCAAAUCGAUCACUAUUUGGAGGAGCCGCCACAACGACACAAACUGGUGGUGGACUUUUUGGUAGCAAUACAACUGCCAACACUGGAACAUCGAGUCUUUUCGGUUCGUCUAAUAACAACACGUCGGCCGGCGGCGGUCUCUUUGGAGCUUCUGGAUCAACAGUAUCAGGUACAACAGUCAAAUUUGAUCCGCCAAUUAACUCUGACACAAUGCUGAGAAACGGUAUAUCUCAAACAAUUUCUACGAAGCACAUGUGCAUCUCUGCAAUGAACAAGUACUCUGAUAAGAGCAUGGAAGAGCUGCGUGUGGAAGAUUAUAUUGCAAACCGAAAAGCACCUGGAGCCGGGACUACAACAACAACCGGCGGUGGUCUUUUUGGUUCUUCUAAUACUACCACAAAUCAAGCUGGUGGUGGUUUGUUCGGCUCGAAUAAUGCUCAACCCAAAACAUCAUUAUUCGGAGGAGCUUCCACAUCCUCUCCUUUCGGUGGUACCAAUACCACAACCACCGGUUCAUCACUUUUUGGAAAUAAUAAUGCAAAUACAUCGGGUGCUGGAAGUUCGUUGUUCGGAGCAAAACCAGCAGGGUCAUCCCUUUUUGGAAACACAGCAGCUACUACAGGUGGAUCUACAUUCGGACAAAGCACAGGGUCGUCUUUGUUCGGAGGGAACAAUCAGCCAGCUAAUACUUCUGGUUCGCUAUUCGGGCAACCACAGACUCAGCCAUCUGGUGGAUCAUUGUUUGGUAACAAUAACGCAGGCUCAACAGGAACAAGCCUGUUUGGAUCAAAUCAGCCACCACAGCAGCAAAAUGCAUUCACCUUUGGAGGUGGCGCAGCGACCAGCAAUGCUUUUGGUCAACCUGCUGCCAACACUGGAGGUUCUCUGUUCGGAAACACCUCGACUGCUAAUACCGGUGGCUCACUAUUCGGAUCAAAACCAGCCACCAGCUCCGGAUUCACCUUUGGCGGUAGCCAGCCAACGACAACCAACUCAUUUGGUUCUACGAAUACCGGCGGAGGGUUGUUUGGAAACAACGCUCCAAAACCAGGGGGUCUUUUUGGCUCAACGACAACUGGAACAACUGGAGGCGGCCUUUUUGGCUCGCAACCUCAAGCCAACACUGGAGGACUUUUCGGUUCGAAUCAAGCCACACAACCACUGAAUACUGGAUUUGGUAAUGCCGCACAGCAACAAGUCGUUGUACAACCUCAAGUAGCACCGGUACCUGUUAUUGGAGUUACCGCUGACGUUCUUCAAAUGCAAGCGAAUAUGAAAUCAUUGCAAUCUCAGUUGACGUAUGCGCCAUACGGAGAUUCUUCACUUCUGAAGUACAACAACAGCUCUGAAGCGAAAGAAUCUAAUUUGAGUGCUCAACAACGACAACUCAGAUUCCUUGCUGCUAAAAAGGGAGCAGCUGCAUCUCCAGGUCAAGAAUCAUCGUUUAUUGUUCCACCAGUGAGCAAGGUAAUGAGCGAUCUUUCACCAGCUCUGUCAAGAACUUCGGAAGUUACAAAAGAUCUGAACUACACUUCUAAAGAAGCGCCACCAUCUCUUGGUAGAGGUCUUCGAAACAGUACUUUCAAUGGGAGCAUGUCGAUGGCGAAUCAGAGUGUUCAUGAGUCAGGAGCCCUCAACAGAACUAUCGAUUCCACACUUGAUGCUUCUCUGAACGGUUCUUCUAACCGUCUGGGAGUUAGAGGAUCAGUCAGAAAGUCGAAUUUGAAACAGUUGGAUUUUUCCGCACUAUCGGAUACAUCAAGAAUGGGAUCGGUUGGAAGAGAGUCCCAUGUUGCUGAUCCAGAUGCUUUACCACGAAUUUCUGAAUCCGAAAGAAGAUCCGAUACCGUCAACUCGACUCCAUCUGUUGAUCCAGUCCAAGCUGUCAUUAAUCGUCAACAAGAUAGGAAGCGAGAUCCUCCAUCGUUGAAUUUGGACACAACCUGUGACGAACACACUGGGUUGGAACCAGUUUCCACUGCAAGCUCUGCUACAUCUGUAGUUUCAACCCCAUCCGAAGAGAAUCCUAUUGAUAACACAGCUGCUGGAGUGAAACUCAGCAAGCCUGAUUAUUUCUCUCUUCCAACAAUCAAUGAGAUGAAAAACAUGGUCAAGAAUGGGAAAGUUGUACUACCAGAAGGGUUGACUAUCGGAAGAUCAUCUUAUGGAAGUGUCUUCUGGCCAGGAAAAUUCGAGUUGAAGGAUAUUGUUCUAGACGAAGUUGUCGUUUUUCGCCACAAAGAAGUGACCGUCUAUCCGAAUGAAGAAGAAAAGGCUCCAGAAGGACAAGAGCUCAACAGACCAGCAGAGGUUACAUUAGAAAGAAUAUGGUAUAACGAUAAGAAGACCAAAAAAGAGGUCCGCGAUGUGGUUCAACUUGCUGAAGUUGGUUGGAGAGAACAUCUCGAAAGACAAACGAUUCGAAUGGGAGCCACUUUCAAAGAUUAUCGUGCUGAGACUGGAAGCUGGGUUUUCCGAGUUGAGCACUUCAGUAAGUACGGAUUGGCCGAUGAUGAUGAUGAACCAAUGGAAAUCGCUCCUCCACAACAAGGCCAGCAACCAUCUGCUUCACCACUCCAAGCUAUCGACAUGAAUACAUCCGCAAGAGAUGUCAACAAUCAAGUGCAAAGAAAGAAAGUCCAUCAGCAAACGGAUGGUCGGCAACGAGAGGUCAUUCUUGAACGUGUACCCCCUGCUACUCCACUCCAUGAUGCUAUUCCAAUCGUUCGUCGUAAAAAUGUCGGUGGACUUGGUGGAGGAGUUUUGGAUAAUAGUCGUGAAGAAUAUAACAUUUCUGGCAUGACAACUGAGUUCCUAAACGAGGACGAAACGUCUUUUUGUGAGGAGGGACAACAGCCAGAGAAGAAGCCUAAACUUGAAUUACUUAUGGAAUUGGAAUAUGAGAGUAGUCGUUUUAUCCAAAAUUUGCAAGAACUGAAAGUUAUGCCGAAGCCAAAAGAACCAGAACACCGGUUUCAUGGUGGUGGUCAUGCUGCAAAAAUGAUUGGAUAUGGAAAGAGUACACUGACGGAUUUGGCGAUUGUGAAGGGAAGAAGCUCACGAGUUGGAUGGAGUGAAACUGGAUGUCUUGUAUGGUCUUCUCAACCAACUCAUAAUCAAAUUCUAUUUGGAACUCUCGAUAGAACUUCUGAUGAAACUCUUGUAUCAAUGCUCAAUGUCAACUUAACCUUAUCUGAAACCAGUCGGAAGGGACCUUCGCUAGACACCGAUUCUAUGUCGUCUGUUCUUACUUCUAAUUUUGUAACCUAUCCGGAUACUUACUCUGAGAUGUUCAGAAGAUAUAUUGAAAUUGCUCAAUUAGGCGAAUAUGAUGGACAUGCUUCAGUAUGGAAACUUUUGUUAGCACUAUUCCCAUCUGAAAGAGAGGAAGGAUGGUCGUUUGAGCGUGGAGAACUAAUUGCAGAGUGGUUGAAAAACGAAGCAAUCAAAAAUGCGGCAGAAGAGAGAACAACACGAGAUACGUCGGUAACUGCUGUAUGGAAUCAACUGUGUCUUGGAGAUAUUGACAAUGCAUUCCAAGUUGCCAUAGAAAACGGACAAAAGCAGCUUGCAUCGGCUCUCCAAACAUCUGUAGUCUCUCCAGAAGUCACAACUCAUUAUUUCAAAUCUCAAAUUGAUCACUGGAAGAAUUUCGAUGUACUCCAUUUGGUUCCUAAAUCAACUCUGAAGUGCUACGUAUUAAUGUCUGGAGUAUCACACUAUUCGUGGACUCAUGAGGGUCAAACUCAUUCAAUCAAUUGCCUCGAAGGUCUCAACUGGAUUCAAGCUCUCGGUAUUCAUGUAUGGUAUCUUCGUAAAUGGAGUGGUCUUGAAGAAGCAUAUGAUGCAUAUCAAAAAGAUGUCGAUGAAGGUCGUGCAGCUUCGAAUCGGGGAGAUUUGUAUGGAGAAUUGAUCAAAUUGGCGUGUGAAUCACAACAUUCUGUCGAAGUUGUUCUUGACUGUGCCGCUGGAGAAAGUCCACAUGAUUAUUUCCUUCAAUGGCAUGUCUGGAGUGCCCUGUUUUCAGUUGGAUUCAGAACAAUGUCGAAGACAGCAGAGACCCGACUUCAUAGAAGUUAUUCGGCUCAACUGGAAUCUCUUGAACUACCGAAAUCCGCUUUGUUCGUCCUCCAACACAUUGAUGAUGAUGAAGAAAGAUCCACAACAAUUCGUUCAUUUUUGGAUCGUGUCGCCAACUUCGCCAACGAGGAAAUUCUCGAUGCCAUCUUCGAGCAAUACGAUAUUCCAUCCGAAUGGAUCGCGGACUCCCAAUUCUCUAUCGCCAAACCCGAUAACGAUGUCACUCAUCUUUUCGAGCUUGCUGUUGCUGCGAAAAACCUAGUAGAAAUUCGUCGGCUAUUUUCCGAAGAAAUCGCUCCGACUGCUGUUCUCUCCGGUGAUCAUGAAGCAUUGAAAACAGCGUGCGUGAUGGUUCGUCCGUUUGAGAACCAAAUACCAGAGUGGGGAGCUACUGGAAUGGUGUACAUCGACUACUGUAGACUAGUUGACUUGAUUGAGAACAAUGCAGAUGAGGCAGAAUUGAAGGAAGUGCUUGAAAGCCUUGAGACUCGGCUCCAUGCUCCAGCCUCUGAAAAGAAAAAUACUAUUAGAAAACUUUCUCUCCAAACUGUCGGUCGUGUAUUAUUCGAAUACCGUUCCGACACGAGUAAUCUCCCAGAAUGGACUAAACUUCUCGGUCAUCACCAGCUUUUCAAGAUUUUCCGCGAUCGCUCCUCUUGGGGAAUCGAACGCUUUGCUAUCGACUACGAUUAG